GAGCCCUCCAUGGGACCACACACGGCCCCAGAUGGCCCCGUGGGCAGCUCCCGUGCCGGCCCUUGGGGCUUCUCGGGUUUCUCGCUGUCCCAUGGCACCGAUGCUCACCUGGGCCGUCUCUCCCCGCAGGUGAGCGUGGCAGGCUAUGGGAUGGAUGAAGCUGAGCAGGACCAGUAUGAAGCUCGUCUCAAGGAGCUCUUCGACAGCUUUGACAGCACAGGCACGGGGUCCCUGGGGCAGGAGGAGCUCACUGACCUCUGCCACAUGCUGCACCUGGAGGAGGUGGCCCCAGCACUGCAGCAGACCCUCCUCCAAGGAAACCUCCUAGGCAGGGUCCACUUUGAUCAGUUUAAAGAAGCACUUAUCCUCAUCUUAUCCAGAACCCUGUCAAAUGAAGAGCACUUCCAAGAACCAGAUUCCUCCCCAGAAGCACAACCCAAGUACAUCAAAGGUGGCAAACGCUACGGGCGCCGUUCGCUGCCGGAGUUCCAGGAGUCGGUGGAGGACUUUGCCGAGGUGACGGUGAUCGAGCCGCUGGGCGAGGAAGCGCAUCCCGCACACAUCGCUGCCAGCCAGGAGCACUGGAAGACGCGAGGCAGCGAGGAGUACGAGGCCGAGGGGCAGCUGCGCUUCUGGAACCCGGACGACCUGAACGCCUCCCCUGGUGCCUCACCCAGCCCAGACUGGAUCGAGGAGAAACUUCAGGAGGUGUGUGAGCACCUGGGGAUCACCAGGGAUGGCCACCUGAACAGGAAGAAGCUGGUUUCCAUCUGUGAGCAGUACGGGCUGCACGCGGCGGCCGGGGAGGUGCUUGAAGAGGUGCUCCAUAACCUGGAGCAAGAUGGGACCAUGAGCAUAGAGGAUUUCUUUUAUGGCCUGUUGAGAAAUGGGAAAUCUCUCACACCUUCAGCAUCUACUCCGUACCGGCAGCUGAAGCGUCACCUCUCCAUGCAGUCCUUCGACGAGAGCGGGAGGCGCACGACCACCCCCUCGGCCAUGCCCAGCACCUUCGGCUUCUCCCUCUUCUCCAGCCUGGACGAUGGGAUGGGCUUCGGCUGCGUGGAGGGGGUGCUGGACUGCUGGCACCAGGAGGGCAUCGAGAACAGCCAGGAGAUCCUGAAGGCUCUGGACUUCAGCUUGGAUGGGAAGGUGAACCUGACGGAGCUGACGCUGGCGCUGGAGAACGAGCUCCUCAUCACCAAGAAUGGGGUGCACCAGGCAGCCCUGGCCAGCUUCAAAACGGAGAUCAGGCACUUGAUGGAGAGGUUUGACCAAGUGGCCAGGGAGAAGGAGAAGCUGAGGUCAGACCUGGAGAAAGCAGAGAAGCUGAAAUCCCUGAUGGCCUCGGAAGUGGACGAUCACCACGCCGCCAUCGAGCGCCGCAACGAGUACAACCUCAGGAAGCUGGAUGAGGAGUACAAGGAGCGAAUCGCCGCGCUGAAGAACGAGCUGCGCAGGGAACGGGAGCAAAUCCUGCAGCAGGCCAACAAACAGAGGCUGGAGCUGGAGCAGGAGAUGGAAAAGCUGAAAACGGAUGAGAACUACAUCAGGGACCGCCUGGCCCUGGCCCUGAAGGAAAACAGCCGCCUGGAAAACGAGCUCUUGGAAACGGGAGAAAAACUGGCCGAGUGUGAAAGUCUGGCAGGCAAACUGCAGAGGAACUUGGAAAAUGUCCUGGCUGAGAAGUUUGGUGACCUGGAUCCCACCAGUGCCGAGUUUUUCCUGCAGGAGGAGAGGCUGGCCCAGAUGAGGAGCGAGUACGAGCAGCAGUGCAGGGAGCUGCAGGAUCAGAUUGAUGAGCUGCACUCAGAGCUGCAGCAGUACCGUGCCCAAGGCAAAGUGCUCAGGCCUUCCCUGAAAAAUUCCUUGUCGGAAGAGUUUGACAUUGUCACAAAGACUCACAGCAACAGCGGGAUUGAGCCUGACCAAGGACUUGGUUCAGAAGACUGCAACCCACUAAAUAUGAGCAUAGAGGCAGAAAUGGCCAUUGAGCAGAUGAAGGAGCAACACCACAGGGAUCUGCAUCACCUCAAACAGGAGCUUGAAGACACAGUGAGCCACUAUGAAAAGCAGCUGGAUGAGACAAAAGCUCGCUGGGAAAAGGAGCAAGAGGAUAUGAGGCAGAAGUAUGCUGAGGAGAUGGAUGUCAUGGAAAAACAGAUCACUGGCCUUAAAAAUCAAAUAGCAGAGCUGCAGGGAGAGGCAGCAGCGCUCAGAGAGCAGCAGGAAAAGCUCGACUGUAAAUACGACGAGGAGAAAAACAAAUUACAGAUGCAUUUCGAUGAGGAGAAAGCCAAUCUGCAGGAGCUGUUGAGACAGGAACAUGAAGAGGAUGUCAGGGCCAGACUGGAGCAGGUGAAUGAGAAGUUCAGGCAAGAACGGGAGGAGCUGAUCCAGAAGAGUGUCUGGGUGGAGGAGAAGAUGAGAGCUGUGGUGCAGACGCUGCAGGAGGAGAAGGGGGAGCUGGAACGUGGCUUCCACGAGCAGGUGAAGAGGCUGGCAGAGGUGCACGCCCUGGAGAAGGAGGAGCUCCAGGAAGAGCUGCUGAGGAAGCACGAGCAGGAGCUGGAGGAGGAAAGGAAAAAAAUGGCAAGUGACUAUAAGAGAAGAGCAUCUCAUGCACAAACUCAGUUUUCUGUGGACACACAAACACUUGUGAAUAAAUAUGAAGAAACCCUGCAGAGUCUGGAAGGACGUUACCAGCGAGAGCUGCAGGAACUCGCUGAGCAGCAAAGAGAGGAGAAAUCCCAGUGGGAGUUUGAAAGGGAUGAAAUUGCUCAGGAGGUGGCUGAAGCCCACGAGCAGCUGAAGGAAAGCUUGGCAAGCGAGAAGGCUGUUUCUUCUGCCCUGAGCCGGGAGAAGGAUCUCCUGGAGAAAAAUUUCAAGGAAGUAGUGAACAAGCUGGUGUGUGAGAGGGAGCAGCUGGAGAAGGAGCUGCGAGAGCUGAGGAGUGCUGCCCAGGAGCAGGAGGAAAAGAUGAAUGAGAAAAUAAGCCAGCUCCAAAGUGACCAUGAAAAAGAGCUAAAGGAGAAAGAUGAACAUAGAUCUGCAGUGGAGCAAAAUGGGAAACUGGUUAGGGAAAAGCUGGAGAGACUGGACAGUGAGUAUAAGCGAGAGAAAGAAGAGCUCAAUUCCAAACUUCUUGCUUUGGAGAGUUUAAACAGAGACAUUUGUGAAAGAGCAGAGACAGAAAAGGCUGAGAUGGGUUUGGAAAUCUCAGACCUCCGAGGGAAAAUACGGAAAUUGCAGUGGGAAACGCGGAGUUUUUCCGCCCUGCAGAGCCAUUACAGGGUGCUGGAGAGUGAGUAUGCAAAAGCCAAGAGCCAGAUCGCUGCUUUUCCUGGUGCAGCUCCUCUGGGAGAUGAUGGGGAUGUUCUCCAAAACCUGCAGAAGGUGCACGAGCAGGCGGUGAAGGAGAACGUCAGGAUGGCUGCCCAGAUCCUGAGGCUGCGGCACCGGCUGGAAGCAGCAGAGCGGGAGCUUCCGCAGCCUCCCAGCCCCAGCUGCUCCCACCCUGGCUCAGAACCAGAGGAAAUAGAUCCCAGUUUUGAAGGGCUGCCCAGUGAUUGUCAAGAUGUAGCUUUGGGGGCAGAUUUCAAUGUCCUUCCACCUCUGGGGGCUGAUGCUACAGAUGUGGAAGAGAUGUCGGAGAUGGAUUGGGAUUUGGAGGAGGGAUGUGUGAAAUCCAGAGCUGGCGGCCACCCUGAGGCACAGGAAUGUUGGAUCCAGGCAAGUCAAGCAGCUCUGGAUGUUGAUGACAACCAGGAUUGUGACCAGAGCCUUUCUUGGGUGCCUCUGCCGCCAAAAAAGAGAGAUCUGGAGGAAGUUCCCAGGCCAAAAACGCUGCCCAGCGAUGUCAAACAGCAGAAGGUUCAUCUGCUAAAUCACAGAAUAGCUCCCAAAAAUAAAGGGUUUGUGUCUGAAGGUUUGAAGAUGCAGGUGGAGCUGGAGAGGGCUGAAGAAACGAGCGAAGCCUCUCUCCUGCUGGAUCGCUCUCCCGGGGCAGCAAAUGGUGACCUGAAGAGCGUAAUAGCUCAACUUUGGAAAAGGAUGGAAGAGUUGGAAGACAGGUCCAUGGCACAGGCUGGACUUCUGUUGCUGCAAGAAGAAAUCCAGGUAGAAAAUGAGGAUCUGAAAGCUGAAGUGAUGCAGUUAAUUGAGAAAAAUGAAGUGCUGGAAGACAGCCUGCGUAGGCUGAGAAGGCUUCGUCGCGAGCAAGAAGAGAGUGAGGUGGAAAGCGUAAAGUUGGAAGAGGAAAAUGCCAGAUUUCUCGUGGAAGUUAAAGAAUUGGAAGAUGUUAAAGAAUUGGAAGAUGUCCAAGAACAAGACACUCAAGGAAACGUGGAUGUGCCCACCACGAGAGGUGGGAAGCUGGAAGAGCGUCCCGCUGCAUGGACGGGCCAGCGGGACAAGAAUUCCCAAAGCCGCAGCGCCGUGCCGCAAGCGGGAAGAGCGGGAAUGGGGGAGCCCAAGCCCCAGGUGAAGGAGGAAGCUCUGGGUGAUGCAGAGGAGAGGAAGGCAGUGACACAGGGCUUGCAGAGCACGUGCACCGAGCUGCAGCACAAGGUUGACCUGCUGAGGUGCGAGGCCGAGAAGCUCCGCGAGGAAAACGCCGUCCUGAAAAACGAAGUGACUUUAUUAAAUGAGGAAGGGAGCGCUUCCAGCCUGAAACUGCGGGAGCUGAAUGGAUCCAGGGAAGAGAUGAGGCAGAAGAUAGAGGCUGUGAGAAAAGAGAAAGUGGCUGUGCAGAAAAUGGUUGACAACCUGAAAAAGCAGGUGGCGGAUCUGAAGACCAGGAACCAACAGCUGGACUCUGAAAAUACAGAACUCAGCCAGAGGAACUCCAAAAACCAAGCAGAUGUGCAGGAUCUCAAUCAACAGCUGGCCAGGGUGCUCAAGCAAAAGGAAAGGGAAGAGGGGAAGUGUACCCUGGAAGAAUGGGAAAAGGAGAGGCUGCUGCUGAAAGAGGAACUGGAAAACUCCAAAAUUGAGUCGUCAAAUAUGGUGUCGUCUUUGGAGGUGGAGGUCUCAAAAAUGAAGAUUCAAGCUCAUCUACUGGAGCAGGAGAACCACAUCCUCAAGCAGGAGCUGGAGAAGACAAAACAGCUGCCCAGAUGUCCUGAUCUCGCUGACCUUCAAAAUGAAGUUUCAAGUUUAAUCACUAAAAAUGAAAAGCUGCAGAAAGAGAAAGAAGCCCUGAGUGAGGAACUGAACAGAUGUAUUGAUAAGGUAGCUCAGGUCAGCUGCUUGGAGAGUGCCAUCAGCAGCUUGGAGCAGGAGCAGAAAUCCUGGGAGCAGCAGAGCCAGGCACUGAAAGCACAGCUCAGCCUCUCCCAGGACAAGGUUCAGAGCCUCAGUGAAACUCUGCAGAGCACCAACCUCCAAAUGUCCCGGCUGAAAUCCGACCUGCAGGUGACGCAGCAGGAGAAGGAAACUCUGAAACAAGAAGUGAUGGCGUUGCACAAACAGCUGCAGAGCACCAGUGAAAAGAACCGGGUUCUGGAAGUGGCUGUGCCUCCCUCAGGGCUGCAGGACCAGCGGGGGCCGAUCCACUGGGAUGAGCUGGAGCAGCCGGCGGAGCAGGAGCAGAGGCUGCUCAGGCAGGAGAACGAGAGGCUGCAGAGGGAAGUGCAGAGCACUAAAACAGACCUGGCUCACUCCAGGGAAAAGAUCCGACAGCUGGAAUCCACAAUCCUUUCCCUAAAACACCAAAAGCAUCAAAGCCAGUCAGGGAUUGUCAAAGCCAUAGAGCAGGAGAAGCUGAGCUUGAAGAGAGAGUGUGAGCAGCUCCAGAAGGAGCUGUCAUCUGCAAACAGGAAGAUCAGUCAGAUGAAUUCUCUUGAGCGUGAACUGGAAACCAGCUCUGAAAAUGAAGGGCUGAGAAAAAAGCAAGUCAAGCUGGAUGAUCAGUUAAUGGAGAUGCUCCAGUCCGGGGGGAUGCGUAGCCAGAGCUCCCAGCUGCCAGGCUGUGCCAUGGUGCCCAGGGAACAAUUCCUGCAGCUCCAACAGCAGCUGCUGCAGGCAGAGAGGAGGAGUCAGCACCUCCAGGAAGAGCUCGAGAGCAGACCCUCGGCGACAAACAUGCAGCAGGCCUUGCUACCGGAGCAGCGAGCAGUGCAUGCAGAUUCCUACCGGAGGAUCGGGCACCUCUGACACCUCUGGCUGCUUUUGAUCCCAUUCCUUUUUCAUCAAAAACACACAAAAACACAGAACUGGCAUAAGCUGAGAAAAUUGAGGAUCAAAUUCCUUUUUUUCC